GCAUAGACUCAACUCGUUGAGAGAGAUGUUUGAACAAAGAAGAAACAGAGAAACAUAGAGAAAGGUCAAACAUGACGGGUAGCGUCCGUCAAUGGUUGAUAAACCCCUCUAGGAACUCUUCCCUUCUCUCUCUAAAAUAAUUUUUGUCUUGGUGAGUCGUUGUGGGUUUCGUGGAGGAGCUUUUGGGGUUGUGAUAUUUUUGUGCUGGGUUUGGUUGCAGCACUUGAAUUUGCUCCAAAGGAUUGUCCUCUGACAUUAAUUUCUUGGUUUUGUUCUACAUCUGGUGGAGAGAAAAAUGACACAACGUUCACAUGUACCAAAGUUUGGGAAUUGGGAAGGUGAAGAAAAUGUUCCUUACACAGCCUAUUUCGAUAAGGCCCGUAAGGGUCGAACAGGGCCAGGGGGAAAGAUGAUUAAUCCAAAUGACCCCCAACAGAACCAGGAUAUGCUUUCUGAUAUAUCUUCAUCCGCAUCAUCUCCUCCAAAAGUUAGAGCUGAACCAGAAAGACCAGUUCAUGAACGGAGAAGAAGCAGGGAGGAUAACGACCUAAGGCAAUUUGCCAACUCUCCAGCCCAUCGUGAAAAUUUGGGUCGCAGAACUUCUGGUGAGGCAGCAAAUCAACCUAACAGAGGCCGUGGAGUAAGUUCUGGUGAAACCCAUCGAAAACCUGCACGACCAAGUUCUGGCUCUGAGUACAGUGUUGAACGUUCACCUCUCCAUCGCAAUGCAAGGGUCUCAGGGAGAGAUUCUCCCUCCUGGGAAGGAAAGCCUUCAUAUGAAAGUAGCCAUGGUACUCCUGGAAGAUCCCGUCUUAAACCUCGUGAUGAAAGCCCUGAGAAAGGUGCUGCUGUUCCGAAAUUUGGCGAGUGGGAUGAGAAUGAUCCUGCAUCAGCUGACGGUUUCACUCACAUUUUCAAUAAAGUGCGGGAGGAGAAGGCAGGGAAAGUACCAGGCACUCCUUCUCAGUCAUCGUACCACGAUGCACGGAAGCAGGCUGCCAAUGACACUGCUAAGAGUUGCUGCUUUCCAUGGAGCAGAAAAUGAUAUUGAUGUAUCUCUGAAUUUGUGGGUAAAUUAUAAGGUGUUUGGACCUGUAAAUAUCUGUAAGGGCUCUGUCCUAUAAAGUGCAUUCAUUUAAUCUGAGCAUGUGUGUUUUGUAUUAAUAAAAGAUUUCAUUCCAUUCUAAUUGGAAAUCUUUUUUCUUUCUUUUUUUCC